AUGGCCGGCUGCUGCCUCUCCGCCGAGGAGAAGGAGUCGCAGCGCAUCAGCGCGGAGAUCGAGCGGCAGCUGCGCCGGGACAAGCGGGACGCCCGCCGGGAGCUGAAGCUGCUGCUGCUGGGCACAGGAGAAAGUGGCAAGAGUACGUUCAUUAAACAAAUGAGGAUUAUUCAUGGAUCAGGUUACACAGAAGAAGACAGGAAAGGCUUCACAAAACUGGUUUACCAAAACAUAUUUACUGCCAUGCAAGCGAUGAUCAGAGCCAUGGAUACUCUCAAGAUACAGUACACCUCCAAAGAGAAUGAGGAGAGUGCUCAGAUGAUCAAAGAAGUGGAAGUGGAUAAAGUGACAGUGCUGGAAAGAAAACAAGUUGAAGCAAUCAAGAAGCUCUGGGAAGACCCAGGAAUUCAAGAAUGCUACGACAGACGGAGGGAGUACCAGCUCUCAGACUCUGCUAAGUAUUAUCUUACUGACCUUGAUCGUAUUGCUAUGCCCUCAUUUGUGCCAACUCAGCAAGAUAUUCUUAGAGUCCGAGUGCCAACUACAGGAAUUAUCGAGUAUCCUUUUGAUUUAGAAAAUAUUAUAUUUAGGAUGGUGGAUGUAGGUGGCCAAAGGUCAGAAAGAAGGAAGUGGAUCCAUUGUUUUGAAAGUGUAACUUCCAUCAUUUUCUUAGUUGCAUUAAGUGAAUACGAUCAAGUCUUGGCAGAAUGUGACAAUGAGAAUCGAAUGGAAGAAAGCAAGGCCUUAUUUAAAACUAUCAUUACAUAUCCCUGGUUUCUGAAUUCUUCAGUCAUUUUGUUUUUAAAUAAAAAAGAUCUUCUAGAAGAGAAAAUCAUGUAUUCCCACCUAAUUAGUUACUUUCCAGAAUACACAGGACCUAAACAAGAUGUCAAAGCUGCCAGAGACUUCAUUUUGAAGCUGUAUCAGGAUCAGAAUCCAGACAAGGAGAAAGUAAUCUAUUCCCACUUCACUUGUGCCACAGACACAGAAAAUAUUCGUUUCGUCUUCGCUGCUGUCAAGGACACGAUCCUGCAAUUAAACCUGAGGGAGUUCAACUUGGUUUAA